AUGGCAUACGAGGGCGCCCAGGUUGAACCGAUCCCUCGAAAGGACCUCGAAACCAUCGAAGAUACCGACGAGAUGAGAUCUCAGAGUACUAUCGCGGACCGUUUGCCUCUAGAACUUGACUGCCCAUCCUUGGGAUCCAGCGAAUGCCCCUCAAUGGCUUCCAGCUUCUCGCCGCUUGAUUCACCAACCCCAACCAGCAUGUACAGCCAAACAUCGUUGACUUCGCCCGGAUGGCACGAAGGCGGUUCAUUCUCUGUCCACCCUAAUCAACACUACGACAGACAUACGGGUUCUACGCCAAUGCGCAGCGCUUUUCGACUGGCUGACAUGACUGCGACGACGGGUGAUUCCAUGGCUAUGCCGUACGCCUUGGACACCCAGGACCGCAUGCCCAUGCCUGAAUAUCUGUCAGGCUAUGACGAGAAUGUCGAGCAGUUUUGGAUUCCAUCCGACAUGUCCAAGACGUACGAGAACCCCCAUGGGAUGCAAUACCCCUCUGGCAUGGCAUCCUACCCGACCAUGGCGCGCACUCACUACCGUCACGCACCUUAUCUCCCGGAAUCGGCCACCAACCCAUGCUUAUCGCGACCCAUUUUCAGCCAGCCUGAGCGCAUGUCCAGCUCGAUGUCCAUGGGCAACAUGUUGCACUGGAUGCCGCCUACCGAGUCUAUGGCUCCCCAAACCAUCGCACCGUCCCAGGCCUUCUCGCAAGUGCCUGCCACACCACCGCCGUCGUACUCUGACUUCCCCACCUCGCUCAACGCCUUUAAGCAAACACCUACGACCUCCGUCCGCUCUUGCUCAUUGGGCACCCCAUCGGGGACAGAGACGCCGAUGAGCCAUGUAUCGGGUGGCGCAGGAGACUUCCACGAGGACUUCCCUCUGUCUCCCUACCGCGAUGGGAUGCCCCGUCCAUCGCGCCAGCCAUCGCGCAAGCUCAGCAAGAAGUCGUCGAAGAACAACUUUACUCUGGACAACCUACCGCCGAUCAUCAAGCAGGUUCAGUUCAAGUGCAAGGAGCCAGGCUGCAAGGGCCGGUUCAAGCGUCAGGAGCACCUGAAACGGCAUAUGAAGAGCCACUCGCAGGAAAAGCCGCAUGUGUGCUGGGUGCCGGUAUGCCAUCGGGCCUUCUCACGCAGUGACAACCUCAACGCUCAUUACACCAAGACCCACAGCAAACGGGGUGGUCGCAACAGGUACGUUGCGACCCUGGACGAGACCAGCCCCGACUUCGACCCCGACUUCCGGGGUCAACUCACUCCCGAUGGCCGUCCUAUCUAUGGUUCCAAGUUGGAGGACCCGAUGGAUACUCGGGAGAUGAGUGUGGAUGCUUGGGACGAGUAAGUGAGUGACUUGACUGAGUGAGCGAACGAUGAUACCCAUUCCUUUCCUUUGUUUGCCUUUCCUUUGUGACUCGAUUGCAUAUUUCUUUUUCUACUUUCCUUUGUGAUUUCCUUUGUUCUGAUCCAGAUACACCGGCUUGGCCCGGUUGGCGCAUUGAGGCGUUUGUCCUGUAAAACUCCGUGUUCUUCAUUUCUUUUGUCUAUUGCAUCUUAUCAUUCCUCUUGAAUAAUAUUGCAUGGCUGGUGUGCGCUGGUUGGGUUGGGAGGCAUUGUACGAACCAACUUGUUUGUUUGAUCCGAAUCUGACGGAUCAAUCCAUUUCUGUCGAGAAAUAUUCCAUGAAUAAUACGAAUUAGAUUAGAUUCAUGACAAUAAUACUAUAAUAAUACAUACUAAUGUCGCU